UACAUACAUGCUCGCCAUUGCAACGGACACAGCACAGCACAGCCACAGCUCCGCCGCACGAAACUGCAUGCCGGUUUAAGUUCGGCGCUCAAAUCGGGACUGCACCCUGUGCAGCGCGCCUGAGACCUGACGUACCAUUGCUGCCGCCGCAUUGCGCUGAGCAGAAGAACUUGCACGUAGCUGGCUGUGGUGGCCGACAUGCUUGCCGUGUCCUCCGCGAGGUGCCUGGCCGCCGACGCGGACGAGCAGCGUGCCGAGGCCGCGCCCAUGGAGACGGUCGGGGGCGCAGCGGUGGUGGCCGACCUGGACAUAGACUUCGACUUCACCGUCGAUGACAUAGACUUCGGGGACUUCUUCCUCAGGCUAGAGGACGGCGACGCGCUGCCGGACCUCGAGGUCGACCCCGCCGACAUCUUCACCGAUCUCGAGGCGGCGGCCGCGGGCGUACAGGAGUUGCAGGACCAGCAGGUGCCGUGCGCCUUCUUGGCGGCCGUGGAGGACGUGGGUUCGGUCAGUUCCGCCGGUGGUGUCGUCGGCGUAGAGAACACGGCGUUCGGUGAGGAAGGACGACUAGGAGACGAGAAGCGAGGGUGCAAUCAAGCCGAGGUGGGCGAAAACAUGAGCGGCGGCGACCGCCCCAUUGUGCCGGACGCAAAAUCGCCGUCGUCAACAACGUCGUCGUCCACGGAGGCUGAGAGCCGCCACAAGUCGUCGGGCAAGAGCUCCCACGGGAAGAAGAAAGCCAAGGUGGACUGGACGCCGGAGUUGCACCGGAGGUUCGUGCAGGCCGUAGAGCAGCUCGGCAUCGACAAGGCGGUGCCCUCUAGGAUUCUGGAGAUCAUGGGGAUCAACUCACUCACUCGGCACAACAUAGCAAGCCAUUUGCAGAAGUACCGGUCUCACCGUAAGCACAUGAUGGCGCGGGAGGCGGAGGCGGCGAGCUGGACGCAACGACGGCAGAUGUACGCCGCCGGCGGACCGGCCGCGGCCGUGAAGAGGCAGGACUCGAACAUGUGGACCGUGCCAACCAUAGGCUUCGCGCCGCCGCACCCUCCUGCACCUCCUCCUCCGGCAGCCAUGCAGCACUACGCCCGGCCGUUGCACGUCUGGGGUCACCCCACAAUGGACUCGCCCCGGAUGCCGAUGUGGCCGAGGCACCCGAUGCCCCGCGCCCCGAUGCCGGCGUGGGCUCCCCCGCCGCCGCCGCCGUCCGACCCGGCUUUCUGGCACCACCCUUACAUGAGGGGGCCAGCAGCGUAUAUGCCGACCCAUGGGACUCCUUGCAUGGCAAUGCCGAUGGCACCGAAAUUUCCUGCUCCACCUGUGCCGGUUGCCAUGCCGUGCCCAGUCUAUGCGCCCCCCUCUCCGUCGCCAGCGCUGGCGAGCAAGAGCCAACAAGAUUCGCAGCUCCAGCUACAAUCACAACCAUCAAAUGAGAGCAUAGACGCGGCCAUUGGUGACGUUCUAUCCAAACCGUGGCUGCCGCUGCCGCUUGGGCUGAAGCCCCCUUCGUUGGGCAGCGUCAUGGGCGAGCUUGAACGGCAAGGCGUGGCCAAUGUGCCGCAAGCCUGCGGGUGAGUGCUGGAGGAUGCAUCGAUUCGCGUGCACUCCAUGCAUGCAUGACCGCUGCUACGUUCGCUGUAACAGCAGCGAACAGCAACAACAAAAUCGUCGACAUGUCUUUGUUCCUUGGAACGUUUUGUGGACCUGCUCUCUCUCUCUCUUGGUCAACCUGUGCAUAAUUUCGAUCAAGAGAAACGUCGUUAUUUCUUCA